AUGUCGUUGAGGAGAUCCAGUCUAUCCCAGACCCCAGUGUUCGGACUAGAGCUGGGUAUCAGUAGAUCCAGUCUAUCCCAGACCCCAGUGUUCGGACUAGAGCUGGGUAUCAGUAGAUCCAGCCUAUCCCAGACCCCAGUGUUCAGACUAGAGCUGGGUAUCAGUAGAUCCAGUCUAUCCCAGACCCCAGUGUUCGGACUAGAGCUGGGUAUCAGUAGAUCCAGCCUAUCCCAGACCCCAGUGUUCAGACUAGAGCUGGGUAUCAGUAGAUCCAGUCUAUCCCAGACCCCAGUGUUCGGACUAGAGCUGGGUAUCAGUAGAUCCAGCCUAUCCCAGACCCCAGUGUUCAGACUAGAGCUGGGUAUCAGUAGAUCCAGUCUAUCCCAGACCCCAGUGUUCGGACUAGAGCUGGGUAUCAGUAGAUCCAGCCUAUCCCAGACCCCAGUGUUCGGACUAGAGCUGGGUAUCAGUAGAUCCAGCCUAUCCCAGACCCCAGUGUUCAGACUAGAGCUGGGUAUCAGUAGAUCCAGCCUAUCCCAGACCCCAGUGUUCGGACUAGAGCUGGGUAUCAGUGUGAACCCAGAGGCAGAAGCCUACCAAGAUGAGGACCUGAUAAAGGUGUGGGUGGAGGUGAAACUGAAACCACUCCUCUCCAGCAUCUCCAGAGGGUUCCUAACCUGCCUCAGCAACAAGAACUUCAGCUGCAACACCUACCAGACCAUGGUGGAGGAGUUGAGUGAUCAUUUCUCAGAGAUGGAUCCGAUCAGACAGAGGUGGAUCUAUAUGUUCUUCAUGUACCCCUUCCUCUCCGGGGAGAGAGCAGGCUGUGUGAGGCCAGGGGAGAACAGUGAGGACUGGCUGAUCAGGAACUUUGGCUCGUUUAAAGCCGUCGCUCGUAUGAGGGACUUCACAGCCCUCAACAUGGUCUUUAGUGGGCUGGAGGUGCUACACCUGUUAACUCCGGAGCAGAAGGCAGAGUUGUUGUUGCAUCCGGAGGUGGAGGGACUGGAGAACGGAACCCUGAGUCUGGUGUUCCACACCCUGAUGACAGAGGUCCACUCCCCGAUGGAGAACUCUACCUGGACCACACCAGGGUAUCCCAACCCCACCUACCCCCCCUCCUACACCCCCGCGUACCCACCCAGACCCACGUCGGACGACCAAUACUCACCACGACCCCCCUCACCCCAGGAGAGCCUUCGAGAGGUGGUGAACGGGUUCAUGGGGGUCUUCAGGCCUUUUGGAAGCUUGGUCAGGGAGUUUGUGUCGCUCACGCACAAAAAGCCCAUGUCUGAGAUCAGGAGCACCACUCUAACUCAGGUUGUGUUGAACUGGACUCUGGCCGAGCUGGCCGGGAACUACAGGUCCCAGGAAGACGAGCCAGAAGACUGGACGGAGGACAUAUUGGACGUAGAGGACUGGUAUGACCAUGUAGUGGUGCCUGUUCUCCGCCGUGUCCUGCCCACCGACCAGACGCACAUACCUGGCAGCCUCAAGGCCGUUUUCCACAAAGUGUUCUACCUGAACUCAGACAUGGACAGCAUGGACAAUGACAAUAUGCCCCAAGACAUAUGUAGCAUCACCCUAGAGGAGAAGUCAUGUGGGUUGACCAAUGCGGUGGAGAAAGUGGCGCGCGUCCUGCACUGUGUUGCCCGUAGCAACUUGACGUUGUCCGAGGAGACUGUUAUGCGUCUGGUCGUGGAGCUGACCGGGCGGCUCAACUCAUUGGUCCAGAAGUUCUCCACCGCGAACUUCAGUGAGGUGGCGCACCACUUCCAGGAGGUGUUUGGCCAGGCAGACUCCCCGGCUCUGACCCAGGAGAAUCUCAACGACCCAGACUUCAUCAGGCUCUGGUUCCAGAUCAAACUGAAGCCCCUGCUUCCCUCCGUCCCCCCCGGCCUUCUCUCCUGCCUCAGCACCAAGAACUUCACCUGCCCCGUCUACCAAGCCCUUGUGGAGGAGCUGAGUGAACAAAUUAAGCUGAUGGACCAGGAGGACGAGCAGAUGUAUGAAAUGCAGGGUCACGUGAUCUACAAACAGUUCCUGUUGCCCUUCCUGUUGAAUCACAACUCCACAGACCCACAAUGCAUCUCUUCAGCCAGUAGCAGUUCAGACUGGCUGAUCAAGAACUUUGGUGGAUUCUCUGCAUUCGCUCCUCUGAGGGAUUUCUAUGAUCUAAAUGCUAAUUUCUCUGCUUUGUCAGCCCUGGAGGUUCUCUCUCCAAAGCAGACAGCAGAGCUGGUGGUGUUGCCUCUUCCUGGUCUUCCAGGGAAAGAUGUCAUCAUCAACACAGUGUUUGACUACCUGACUGAGUCACCAAAGGAGAGGAGACUCCCUGAGUUCCUGUACCACCUUUCCAGGCUGUCUGUGGUGACUCCAGUCGGCUGCACGGUGUACCAGACCAUUUUUGUGAGGCUGUACCAAGCCAUGUCAGCGUUGCCUCAAGAGAUGGAGCCAAUCAUCUGGGCCAGUGUUUAUGACCUCACAGAAUCUGCACCAAUGGAUUGUUCUCUGGUACCAGUUAACCAACAGUGUCCAGUGUCAUCGCACAAUGGAACAAGAGUCUGUGCCGGAGUUGACAGCUCGGCUCUACAACAGCUCUUGGACUCUGGGAUCUCGACGGGACGUCUAUGUGACUUCAGCAUCAAACAAUACGCCUGCUCACAGCUGAAAGACCUCAAAGCUGAGAACCUGGUCACACUGCUGAAAUGUAAACUAUCAGAGAACAACACAGACUCCAAAGAGACCUGGAAGCUGUUCUUCACUAAAGCUUCUGCAGUUCUGGAUCAGGCUCUUGUACUUCUCUCCAACCAGUCUGAGCCUGUGAUUGGCCCAGCACUAUCCCAGGUGCUGGAUGUGAUUGGAGAGAUCAGGGUCAACAGACUGACUGAGGAUCAGCUGAGAGACAGUGAUGUCAUCAGGAAGUUGUUCUCUGGGCGUCUGAGAGCGUUUCUGCCGUCUGCAUCCGGAGGGUUUCUGCACUGCCUCAGCACCAAGAACCUCAGCUGUGACUCUUACCAAGCUGUGGUGAAGGAGUUUGGAGCCCAGUUUGAUCACAUGAACCUAGAGCAGCAGCAGCUGGUUCUGAAGGAGCUGGUCGUCCUCUUCCUGUCUCGACCCACAUCAGACUCUGGCUGUGUGUCCAACUCUAACAGCAGUGUGGACUGGCUGCAGAAGAACUUGGGGCCGUUCUCAGUUCUUGUGUCCCUCGGGAACCUGUUGAAUCUCAACACAGACUUCUCUCCUUUGUCAGCCCUGGAGGUUCUCUCUCCAAAACAGACAGCAGAGCUGGUGGUGUUGCCUCUUCCUGGUCUUCCAGGGAAAGAUGUCAUCGUCAACACAGUGUUUGACUACCUGACUGAGUCACCAAAGGAGAGGAGACUCCCUGAGUUCCUGUACCACCUCGUCAGGCUCUCUGAAGAGAUGAUGCCAUGUGACAGCUUUAAGACCAUCUUUGAGCGUCUGUACCAGGCCUUACCGUCUGCACCUCCAGAGACGGAGCCAGUUAUUCAGGCCAUUAUAGACAACCUGAUGCAGACCGCUCCAGAAGAUUGCUUGCCGAUGAAUAUGAAGUGUCCAAUAACACCAGCGAACGAUACCAGAGUCUGUGAAGGAAAUGCCAGUGAUUCGCUACAAAGUUAUUUGGCGACAUCAAAUACAGCGAACGUGCCCUGUACCUUUACCCUGGAGGAGUAUGCCUGUGCAUCGCUGAAAGACUUCACUGCAGAACACCUGGUGUCUCUUCUGAGAUGUAACCUGCCCGGCAACUCCUCUCACUCUAAAGAGACGUGGAAGGUUCUCCUCACCAAACUGACCUCUGUCUUAGACCAAGCUCUGGACAUGUUCUCCAAUAUGUCCAAACCUGUGAUUGGUCCAGCAGUAUCCCAGGCGCUCGAUGUGAUUGGAGAGAUCCGGGUCAACAGACUGACUGAGGAUCAGCUGAGAGACAGUGAUGUCAUCAGGAAGUGGUUCUCUGGGCGUCUGAGACUGUUCCUGCCGUCUGCAUCAGGAGUGUUUCUGCACUGCCUCAGCACCAAGAACCUGAGCUGUGACUCGUAUCAACAGAUACUGAGGGAGUUCAGCAAUCAAUUCGACCAAAUGGACCAGAUGAGACAAGAGCUGCUGGUCAAAUACUUAAUCCAGCCCUUCCUGACCAAAAACUCCUCAGACUCUGGCUGUGUGUCCAACUCUAACAGCAGUGUGGCCUGGCUGCAGAAGAACCUGGGGCGGUUUUCAGUCCUGGUGUCCCUCAGCGACCUGUUGAAACUCAACACAGACUUCUCUCCUUUGUCAGCCCUGGAGGUUCUCGCUCCAAAGCAGACAGCAGAGCUGGUGGUGUUGCCUCUUCCUGGUCUUCCAGGGAAAGAUGUCAUCAUCAACACAGUGUUUGACUUCCUGUCUAAGUCACCAAAGGAGAGGAGACUCCCUGAGUUCCUGUACCACCUUUCCAGGCUGUCUGUGGUGACUCCAGUCGGCUGCACGGUGUACCAGACCAUCUUUGUGAGGCUGUACCAAGCCAUGUCAGCGUUGCCUCAAGAGAUGGAGCCAAUCAUCUGGGCCAGUGUUUAUGACCUCACAGAAUCUGCACCAAUGGAUUGUUCUCUGGUACCAGUUAACCAACAGUGUCCAGUGUCAUCGCACAAUGCAACAAGAGUCUGUGCCGGAGUUGACAGCUCGGCUCUACAACAGCUCUUGGACUCUGGGAUCUCGACGGGACGUCUAUGUGACUUCAGCAUCCAACAAUACGCCUGCUCACAGCUGAAAGACCUCAAAGCUGAGAACCUGGUCACACUGCUGAAAUGUAAACUAUCAGAGAACAACACAGACUCCAAAGAGACCUGGAAGCUGUUCUUCACUAAAGCUUCUGCAGUUCUGGAUCAGGCUCUUGUACUUCUCUCCAACCAGUCUGAGCCUGUGAUUGGCCCAGCACUAUCCCAGGUGCUGGAUGUGAUUGGAGAGAUCAGGGUCAACAGACUGACUGAGGAUCAGCUGAGAGACAGUGAUGUCAUCAGGAAGUUGUUCUCUGGGCGUCUGAGAGCGUUUCUGCCGUCUGCAUCCGGAGGGUUUCUGCACUGCCUCAGCACCAAGAACCUCAGCUGUGACUCUUACCAAGCUGUGGUGAAGGAGUUUGGAGCCCAGUUUGAUCACAUGAACCUAGAGCAGCAGCAGCUGGUUCUGAAGGAGCUGGUCGUCCCCUUCCUGUCUCGACCCACAUCAGACUCUGGCUGUGUGUCCAACUCUAACAGCAGUGUGGACUGGCUGCAGAAGAACUUGGGGCCGUUCUCAGUUCUUGUGUCCCUCGGGAACCUGUUGAAUCUCAACACAGACUUCUCUCCUUUGUCAGCCCUGGAGGUUCUCUCUCCAAAGCAGACAGCAGAGCUGGUGGUGUUGCCUCUUCCUGGUCUUCCAGGGAAAGAUGUCAUCGUCAACACAGUGUUUGACUACCUGACCGAGUCACCAAAGGAGAGGAGACUCCCUGAGUUCCUGUACCACCUCGUCAGGCUCUCUGAAGAGAUGAUGCUACCAUGUGACAGCUUUAAGACCAUCUUUGAGCGUCUGUACCAGGCCUUACCGUCUGCACCUCCAGAGACGGAGCCAGUUAUUCAGGCCAUUAUAGACAACCUGAUGCAGACCGCUCCAGAAGAUUGCUUGCCGAUGAAUAUGAAGUGUCCAAUAACACCAGCGAACGAUACCAGAGUCUGUGAAGGAAAUGCCAGUGAUUCGCUACAAAGUUAUUUGGCGACAUCAAAUACAACGAACGUGUCCUGUACCUUUACCCUGGAGGAGUAUGCCUGUGCAUCGCUGAAAGACUUCACUGCAGAACACCUGGUGUCUCUUCUGAGAUGUAACCUGCCCGGCAACUCCUCUCACUCUAAAGAGACGUGGAAGGUUCUCCUCACCAAACUGACCUCUGUCUUAGACCAAGCUCUGGACAUGUUCUCCAAUAUGUCCAAACCUGUGAUUGGUCCAGCAGUAUCCCAGGCGCUCGAUGUGAUUGGAGAGAUCCGGGUCAACAGACUGACUGAGGAUCAGCUGAGAGACAGUGAUGUCAUCAGGAAGUGGUUCUCUGGGCGUCUGAGACUGUUCCUGCCGUCUGCAUCAGGAGUGUUUCUGCACUGCCUCAGCACCAAGAACCUGAGCUGUGACUCGUAUCAACAGAUACUGAGGGAGUUCAGCAAUCAAUUUGACCAAAUGGACCAGAUGAGACAAGAGCUGCUGGUUAAAUACUUCAUCCAGCCCUUCCUGACCAAAAACUCCUCAGACUCUGGCUGUGUGUCCAACUCUAACAGCAGUGUGGCCUGGCUGCAGAAGAACCUGGGGCGGUUUUCAGUCCUGGUGUCCCUCAGCGACCUGUUGAAACUCAACACAGACUUCUCUCCUUUGUCAUCCCUGGAGGUUCUCUCUCCAAAACAGACAGCAGAGCUGGUGGUGUUGCCACUUCCUGGGCUUCCAGGGAAAGCUGUCAUCAUCAACACAGUGUUUGACUACCUGACAGAGUCACCAAAGGAGAGGAGACUCCCUGAGUUCCUGCAACAACUUGUCAGCCUGACCAAACAGGAAAAUAUCCCUUGUGCCUCCUACAAGAUCAUUUUCGCCAGACUGGACCAGGCCGUACCCACUGUUACCAUGGAGAUAGAGUCCGCCCUCACCUCCAGCAAGACGGCUUUACUACAGACCGUCCCAUCAGGUUGCAUUGUAUACAGUGGAGAGUGCAAUGUCACACCAGUUAAUGAGACAAACGUUUGUGCUGGUGUCAACAGCACUGCUCUACAGGGUCGCCUUGACAACGGGCAGAUCAGCGGAGUCCUCUGUGAUUUCGGCGUCGAUGUUUACGCUUGUGGCUCGCUGUCUAUGUUGACAUCGGAAAACUUGGUGAGCCUGUUGAAGUGUAAGCUGUCUGGUAACACCAGCCACUCGGCACAGAUCUGGAAACUGUUCUUCUCUAAGGUCUCGGUGGUCCUGAACUCAGCCCUGGAUCUCUUCUCCAACACCACACUAGACCCCAGCUCUCCAGCAGUGUCCCAGGCCCUGGAUGCUAUAAGAGAGGUAAGGCUGGACAGCUUCAGCCUGGCUAGUCUCAGAGAUCAGAAAAUCAUCAACCUCUGGUUCAACACCAGACUGCGUCCCUUCCUACCUGCCGUCUCCACUGACUUCCUGUCCUGCCUCGGCACCAAGAACUUCAGCUGCUCCACCUACCAGACCACCGUUCAGAUCCUGAGCAGCCACCACUCAGCCAUGGACCAGUCCAGACAGAUAUCAGUCUAUACUACCUUCAUAGAGGUCUUUCUCUCCAGGAACAACACAGCAGACCCCAGCUGUAGCUCUGACACCCUAAACAGUGGAGACUGGCUGCUGAAGAACUUCAGAGGAUUCUCUGCCUUCGCCUCCUUCAAGGACAUGCAGAGACUACUGGCCACCUUCUCUGUGACGGAGGCCCUGCCCCAGCUCACAGUGAGACAGUUGGCAGAGGUGUCCUCUAGUCCAGACCAGCUCAGCUCUGCUGCAGACGUCACCAUGCUGAUGAACUACGUACCCAACAUCCUCUUCACUGACUUCUUCAAUGACUUCUCUCUAGCCAUCACCGGUCAAGAGUCUAAGUUCCCGGUGGCGGUGCGUUCAGCCAUGCUCCAGCAGGUGUUUGAACGCGGGAACCUAUCAGACCGCUCCGUUAGCGACCAGGAGGUACUCACCUGGCUUCAGAGCAGGCUCCGCCCACUGCUGAUCAACCUGUCCCCGCUCCACGUCGCCCCCCUCUUCAGUGUGGUCGCACAGAGGAACUGCAACAUUGGACAGCAGCUGGUGGAGGUGCUGAACGCCACCCUCCCUACACUUCAGGACAACACACAGAGAAACAUCUACGAUCAAAUCACCCUCUCCCUCCAAGGCUCUUCCCCACUCCGUUGCUAUGGCACAAACUACAACCACAGUUUCUAUGGUUACCUGGAGAGUUCCUUCCUGGGUUUCGGCUUCCCCAACCUGACCACCUUCCUCUCCCUCAUACCCCAUAGCCAGAUGGAACAGCUGGUGAACUCUCUGCCUGUCUCUGACCUGGGUCGUUUCCUGCGCCGCCCCAACGUUGUCGACGACGACACAAAACUCUGCCAGCUCUACAGCAACUACGCCAAGACCCCACUGUUCCUGGGGACUGAGAGUAUCCCUGAGUCAGUGAGGCGUCCCACACUGCCGUGUGUCUGGCCCCAGGCUCUCAGCAGCAGUCAGAGGUCAGAGGUCAACGCCUGGUUUGACAUGAGGCUGAAGAACUACCUGCCCUUCCUCACCAGGAGCCUGGUGACCUCCGCCGCUGUCCAGACCGCCCCUUGUCUGGCCUUCCAGAAACUCGUCUCAAUUCUGGGGAGUUAUAACUACAGCGCUGCCGACUUUGUGGAGAGAGAUGUGUACAGGGAGACCAUCAGGACGUAUCUCACCUCAGCGUCGGCUCCUAAGUGUUACAACGCCAGUGAUCCAGAGCUCAACUCAACGGCCUGGUUUGCUGAGAACAUCGGACUCUUCAUCACUUAUCUCACCUUGGAAGACCUCAACACCUUCGGAUCAGCGCAGGUGUUGCAGGUGUUCACAGUGAACCUGGUGAACAUAGGUCUACUGAACUCCACUAGCCUGCCCCAGAACCUCACUGACUACUACACAUCACUGGUCUACCUACAGGACAGCAACUUCAACCCUCUGUUUCUUCCUCUGUUGUUUCGAUGUGUGGCCCCAGGGCCAGCCUUCAGACAGCUGGAUGCUGAGCAGAGCAUGAUCCUUCUACACAACCUGACUACACUGUGUAGAGACCUGGACCCACAGGUGUCUGCAGCUCUAGCAGCUAACAUGGGAGACAACUUAAACAGCAACACCAUCGCUGCCCUCGGCAGAGAGAGUACAGGUCUGUCUGAGGGUCAGAUCACCAUGGCACCCGCCAGCGUUCUGUGGGCUUCCUUCAGCAUUCUGAGCACUGUGAUUGGCUGGAACCAGGGCCAGGCCAUGGCCAUCAUCCAAUCACUGAUGCUGUCAGGAGCCGUGAAGAUCAACAGCGCAUCCACCUUGACAGCGCUGGGUUCCCUGGUGACCGGUGUUCCCUCGGCAACCUUAGGCAGCAUCAGCGGCACGGAACUCCUCUACGCGUCCCAGGAUCCCACAUUCAUAACAUACAUGCAGACCGCCCCGACGAUCUUAAUCCAGACUUUCGUCACUCAGUUGAUCACAGUGAACCCUAACCCAGACAGUAUUCUCCAGAACGUCCCAGACAGCAUGUCUACUGAGAUCCCCAGGUCCCUGCUGCAGGGCUUCUCUCAGAGCAGUGUGGUGGUGGAGAAACUGAACCAGAAGACAUGGAGACACGAACAGGCUGUGUUGUUCUUUGACACAGUGGCUCUAGGAAUUGACAACUCCGACAAUAUGUCAUCCAGCGUGCUCCAGGGCUUCACCUGCACCAGAGUGGCCAGUAUGACCACAACCAAGAUCAAGAAACUGGUCAAGGCCUGCAGGAGGAAGGGCAAGAACAGGGUCGCACUGAGAGAGACUCAGUUGACCUGCAUGUACAACUACAUCAAGGAAGAGUCAAAUGUCACCAGCUACAACCUGUACCCUCCUGACAUGCUGCUUUACUACGACUACAGUAAGGUUCCUCGGGACACCUGUAAGGACUACUUCAGUGAGCUGGGAGACGCGGACUUCUCCGUGUUCUCCGACGCGCUCAGCUUCAAACGCACAGCCCUGGUUAACAAUGUCAAGACCUGCCUG